AUGCCUCUCCCGCGGUGAAGCGCCCCGGCCGUGAGCAGCCGCUCGGUCUCCCCGGUGAUGUCCCCCAGGCGGCAGGCGAAAGCGACUCACUCGAGCCCUGGGGUAAAGGCCUAGCUUAUCCAGCUUCCUUCCUCCUCCUCCUCCUCCUCUUCCCCUCCCCCCUCCUUUUCUCCCCCUUCGUCCUCCCUUCCCCGUCUCGUCCCUCACCCUUCCCCGCGCCCCCGUCUUCCCUCCCUCCCACCCCUCCAGCAGCGAUGGCAGAGGAACAACAGCCACCACCACAGCAGCCUGAUGCCCAUCAGCAGCUUCCCCCCAGCGCCCCCAACUCGGGGGUGGCUCUGCCAGCCCUUGUGCCUGGGCUGCCAGGGACAGAGGCCAGCGCGCUGCAACACGAGAUCAAGAACUCCAUCUGCAAAACUGUACAAUCUAAAGUGGACUGCAUUUUGCAAGAAGUUGAGAAGUUUACAGACCUAGAGAAACUCUACCUCUACCUUCAGCUGCCUUCUGGUCUCAGCAAUGGAGAGAAAAGUGAUCAGAAUGCCAUGUCAUCUAGUCGGGCACAGCAAAGGCAUGCCUUUUUCUGGAUUCGGAAUACCUUAGAGGAACAUCCUGAGACUUCACUGCCCAAACAGGAAGUCUAUGAUGAGUACAAGAGCUACUGUGACAAUCUUGGUUACCAUCCACUCAGUGCUGCUGACUUUGGAAAGAUCAUGAAAAAUGUAUUUCCAAAUAUGAAGGCACGUCGUCUGGGCACAAGAGGCAAAUCGAAAUAUUGCUACAGUGGACUAAGAAAAAAAGCUUUUGUUCAUAUGCCAACACUGCCCAACCUUGACUUUCACAAAACUGGAGACGGGUUGGAAGGAGCUGAACCUUCUGGGCAGCUUCAAAAUAUUGAUGAGGAAGUUAUCUCUUCUGCAUGCCGUCUUGUGUGUGAGUGGGCCCAGAAAGUGUUAAGCCAGCCAUUUGACACAGUCUUGGAAUUAGCCCGCUUCCUUGUAAAAAGCCAUUAUAUAGGCACCAAGUCAAUGGCAGCUCUCACUGUAAUGGCAGCAGCACCACCAGGAAUUAAAGGAAUUACCCAGCCGUCUGCUUUUAUACCUACAGCUGAAAGUAAUUCCUUUCAGCCUCAAAUGAAGACUUUGCCAUCUCCUAUUGAUGCUAAACAGCAAUUGCAACGGAAAAUUCAGAAGAAGCAGCAGGAACAGAAACUACAAUCCCCUUUGCCAGGAGAAUCCUCAGCAAAAAAAUCAGAAGGCACUACAACCAAUGGAGUGACUAAUCUUUCUAAUGGAAAUCCUGCAAUCCUUUCUCCUCAACCUAUUGGUAUCGUUGUGGCAGCUGUCCCCAGUCCCAUUCCGGUCCAGCGGACCAGGCAGUUGGUAACUUCACCAAGUCCAAUGAGUUCUUCUGAUGGCAAAGUUCUUCCCCUCAACGUACAGGUGGUCACUCAGCACAUGCAGUCUGUGAAACAGGCACCAAAGACUCCUCAGAACGUUCCUGCCAGUCCUGGUGGGGAUCGUUCUGCCCGGCACCGCUACCCUCAGAUCUUACCUAAACCAGCCAGCACCAGUGCUCUCACCAUCCGCUCUCCAACUACUGUCCUCUUCACUAGCAGUCCCAUCAAAACGGCUGUUGUACCCACUUCACAUAUGAGUUCUCUAAAUGUGGUGAAAAUGACAACAAUAUCCCUCACACCCAGCAAUAGUAGUGCCCCUCUUAAACAUUCUGCCUCAGUAAACAGUGCUACAGGAACAACAGAAGAAUCAAGGACCUUUCCACAAAUCAAGAAUGGUUCUGUUGUUUCACUUCAGUCUCCUGGCUCCAAAACCAGCAGUGCUGGGGGGACAUCUGCUGUGGAAGUCAAAAUGGAACCUGAAAUAUCAUCAGAGGAGCAUCCUGUACAGUGCCAAGAGAACUCUGAUGGGACUAAAGGUCCCAAAACAACACCUAGUGCCCUUUCGGUACAGAAAAGUAACACAGAUGGAGUUGGGCAAAAGCCUUCAACUGAAGGUGUCACUGAAAUAAAAGCAACUAAGGUCUGUGACCAGAGGACCAAAUGUAAAAGUCGCUGUAAUGAAAUCCUGCCAGGCACUUCAGCAGGCAAUAAUCAAAGCACUAUCACUCUCUCAGUUGCCACGCAGAACUUAACAUUCACCAGCACCAGCUCACCAUCUAAUGGUGACUCAAUAAAUAAAGACCCUAAAUUAUGCACUAAAAGUCCAAGAAAGCGACUGUCUUCUGCAUUGCAAGAGUCCCAGGUGCCUCCCGUAAAGAAACCAAUUGUGGAACAGCUUUCUGCAGUUACCAUUGAAGGUCAGAAACCAGGCAGUGUUAAGAAGGACCAAAAGGUUCCACAUUCAGGGAAAACAGAAAGCUCAAUAGCAGGUGCUCUGAUUCCUAGCAAGGUAUCAAUAAAUGUCAAUUCACACAUAGUGGCAAAUCUACCCUUGAAUUCUUCUGCUCUGAUUACCAGUGAUUCAGCUUUGGAACAGCAGACACCAUCAUCAUCUCCAGAUAUAAAAGUGAAACUUGAAGGGAGUGUCUUUCUCUUGGACAGUGAUUCAAAAACAGAUGGCAGCUUUAAUCUAAAUGAAUGGCAACAAGUCACUAAGGAUUCUGAGUUUGUAUCUGCCAGCUGUGAACAACAGCAAGAUAUCAGUGUUAUGACAAUUCCUGAGCACUCUGAUAUCAAUGACUUAGAGAAAUCUGUUUGGGAAUUAGAAGGAAUGCCACAGGACACGUAUACCCAGCAGCUCCAUAGCCAGAUACAAGAAUCGUCUUUGAAUCAAAUACAAGCACAGUCUUCAGAUCAAUUACCUCUACAGUCCGAACUGAAGGAGUUUGAGCCUUCUGUUUCCCAGACAAAUGAAAGCUACUUUCCUUUUGAUGAUGAACUUACACAGGAUAGUAUUGUAGAAGAGCUGGUGCUUAUGGAGCAGCAAAUGUCAAUGAACAAUUCUCAUUCUUAUGGUAACUGUUUGGGAAUGACCCUUCAGAAUCAAUCAGUAACUCCAGGAGCUCCAAUGUCAUCUCACGUCUCCAGCACGCACUUCUAUCAUCCAAUCCAUAGCAAUGGCACUCCAAUCCACACACCCACACCCACACCCACACCCACCCCCACCCCAACCCCAACCCCAACCCCAACCCCAACAUCCGAAAUGAUUGCUGGGUCUCAGAGUCUGUCACGAGAGAGCCCCUGCUCCAGGCUUGCCCAGACCACACCUGUGGAUAGUGCUUUAGGAAGCAGCCGACAUACACCCAUUGGUACUCCGCAUUCUAACUGCAGCAGUAGUGUCCCUCCCAGCCCUGUUGAAUGCAGGAAUCCAUUUGCAUUUACCCCUAUCAGCUCCAGUAUGGCAUAUCAUGAUGCCAGCAUUGUCUCAAGUAGUCCUGUGAAACCGAUGCAAAGACCCAUGGCCACACACCCUGACAAAACCAAGCUUGAAUGGAUGAAUAAUGGGUAUAGCGGGGUUGGUAAUUCUUCAGUUUCUGGCCAUGGCAUUCUCCCAAGCUAUCAGGAGUUAGUGGAAGACCGUUUCAGGAAACCUCAUGCUUUUGCUGUGCCUGGACAGUCUUAUCAGUCUCAAUCCAGACAUCAUGACACUCAUUUUGGUCGUUUGACUCCUGUCUCUCCUGUGCAGCAUCAAGGUGCCACUGUAAAUAGUACCAACAAACAAGAGGGCUUUGCAGUCCCUGCUCCUCUUGACAAUAAAGGAACUAAUUCGUCUGCCAGCAGCAACUUCAGAUGCCGGAGUGUGAGCCCUGCUGUUCAUCGCCAACGUAAUCUUAGUGGAAGCACCCUCUAUCCAGUAUCUAAUAUCCCCCGAUCUAAUGUGACCCCCUUUGGAAGUCCAGUAACCCCAGACGUUCAUGUUUUCACAAAUAUUCAUACAGACGCAUGUGCCAACAACAUAGCUCAAAGAAGUCAGUCAGUUCCAUUGACAGUCAUGAUGCAGACAGCCUUCCCAAACGCUCUUCAGAAGCAAACAAACAGUAAAAAAAUAACCAAUGUUUUGUUGAGUAAACUAGAUUCUGACAAUGAUGAUGCAGUGAGAGGUUUGGGCAUGAACAACCUGCCCUCCAAUUACACAGCUCGGAUGAAUCUCACUCAGAUUUUGGAAACUUCUACUGUUUUUCCUAGUGCCAAUCCUCAGAAUAUGAUCGAUUCCAGCACUUCAGUUUAUGAAUUCCAAACACCAUCUUACCUCACCAAAAGUAAUAGCACCGAUCAGAUCAGUUUUUCUCCUGGAGAUAAUCAAGCACAAUCAGAAAUUGAAGAGCAACAAUUAGAUUUCAGUAGCACUGUUAAAGACCUGUUGAGUGGAGACGGCUUGCAAACCAACCAGCAGCUGGUAGGUCAGGUAGCAUCUGAUCUUGCUACUACUGCAUCUGAUUUCUCUAGUGAUAUCAGGUUGUCUUCUGAGCUCUCAGGCAGCAUCAAUGAUUUGAACACUUUAGACCCAAAUCUACUGUUUGAUCCAGGUCGUCAGCAGGGACAAGAUGAUGAAGCUACACUGGAAGAAUUAAAGAAUGACCCAUUAUUUCAGCAAAUUUGCAGUGAAUCUAUGAGCUCUAUGACUUCAUCAGGUUUUGAAUGGAUAGAAAGCAAGGACCAUCCUACUGUUGAAAUGUUGGGUUAAAUUGUGUUUUAUAAUAUGUAGCACACUGUAUCUAAAGACAUAUGUAUUGUAUUUGUCUUAAUGGAAGUGCCUCCCGCAGCAGAAACACUUACUAUUAAUUGUGACAUUUCAAAAGAGUUUGCUGCAGAAGUGGUUUCUUCUUCAAUAGGAAAUGGUUAGACUCGCCUCAGUUCUUAAAAAGUUUCUGAAGACAGUAGGCUGUAGAAGAACAAGUAUUAGGUUUUAAGUUUUAUAAUGUUCCCCGUUUUAAUCACAUUGUUUGUUAGUAAAUAAUUGACUAACCAGCUUUUACAAGAGCAAUCUAGACUUUAUUUUGUAUUAAUUCAUCUUAAUUCAUUGGUUGAUCUACACAGAAUUUAGAGGAAACCAUUGAUUUUAGGUAUAGGCUUUUUUGUUGUCGUUGGCAUUAUCUUUUAGAAAUGAAAUCAUAGCAAAGGUGAAUUGUAACAAGAAGGUCUUCCUCGAAACAGGGAUAAUAUUCAGGUUUUUAUAAGUAUUUAGGCUUGAAGCAUAGAGCUACUGUAGAAUGAAAAUCUCUGUAGAAUUUUUUGGGACUUCAGUACCAUUUGCACCUGCAAUGAAGGGCUUAAAUAGGAGAAAAUAAUGGGAAAUUAAAUAUUAAUUUAAGGAAGGCAGAAGCUGCACUAAAAUGUUUUCAAAGGAAAAACUAGUAACCAUUUAUAUUUGUGACCUUGCAUUAGUCUUAUUUUAAAAUAUUAACAUGGAGCCAACACAUACACAGAGACAUGAAUACACAUACACACGAGAAUAACUCCAGACAUUAUAAUUUAAUAGAAUAAAUAUAUUUUAGAAAAACUAUUUCAUGCUUUAUUAUUUGGUAAUUGAGAUAGGGGAAUUUAGAAGGAAAAUAACAUUUUCUUAGUUUCAUCACAGUGGCUGUAUCUACAUGUUAAAAGUCUGUUUAAGAGUUAGUAACUGACUCCUUCGCUCCUCCUGAAUAUGGUAAUACAGCUUGAUCCUGGGACCUCUUUGAAAAACAAGCAGGAGAGAGAUAACAUAAAAAACUGAACAAAAAAAAACAUUUUUACCACCUGAGGUCUGAAGCCACAAAUCUUUACAUCUCUGAUAAAACAGAGGGGGAUAUCAAUAGUACUUGAAGAAGAGGAGCAUUUUAUUACAUGCUUAAUUUAUUUAUUGUGAUAACCACAAUUGCAAAAUAAGCACUCAGGAUUUGUUUUAAAAUGUUUCUCUAUGGCUCCCAUUUCGUUUUAUGAAUAAUUAUUUAUAAAUUUUGUAUUGACACAAACCUCCCUAGUUGACAGCUCCAUUUAGGUGUUUUCACGAUUACUUUUAGAUAGAUUUAAAAGUUGCCAUUAAGUUUUUAAAGCUAACAUUAAACCAUUGCUGCGUUACCUUGAACCUAGCUAAGCUUUCCCUUACCUCAAUUAGUAAGCCAAUCAGAAGACUACAAUCAAUGAAUAUUUAACAGUUGUGAUGAAGGGUUUAAUAAGGUUUCAUUGUUCAAUAAAUUUGCAAGGUAGGGUAUUACCAUAUUUUGAUAAAUGGUGCUAGGGUUGGCUCAGAGGUUUAUAUAUUCAUACGUCCUAGUUAUUGGCAUUUGUGUGUGUUUGCUGUUACCUUGAUUUAAUAAUCUGUUAGGUUUUUUUCCUUGAUGCUAGUUAUUUCUUCACUGUACAUUGAGACACAGCACUACUGCACACCAAAGUAUGCAAUACCCAAAGGAAACUGUGUGAUAUCUUUUAACAAAUGAUAGGAGCCUUUCAAUAUGAGAUACUCUGAAAAGGAGAUUUUUGAGGCCAUUCUAAUCCCUUGUUUACAUUAUUAGCUUCCUACUAAUAUAAAAAUAAUGGAAAUCUUUUUUGAUAAAAAUAUAAAGACGGGAGGAUUUUUAACCCCCUGUAUAGUAUUGCAGCAAACACUUUAAAUUUGGUUGAAUUCGUCCAGCAAACUUUCUGAGGUUCAUAUAUUGCACUAAAUUUGUUGAACCUGUGGUAGGCACAUCUCUUAGGAUAAAUGCAACCAAUACAGUCCACAGAUUAAACUUUUUAAAUGUGUUUCAUUAUGAAAAGACAAAAUGUCAUCAAAGUGACAGAUAAAAUUGUCUUAUGUAGCAAUGUGCAUUGAUCUCAAUGAGAUAUUUCUAUUUCUUAUUCUCUUACAUGAGAAUAUUACAGCAGGAAGAAUUAAGUUUAGUUUGCUUCACCAUGUUAAUACAUGAUCACAAAAUGUGCAUGAGUGUUAUUGACUUAUCUUGUACAGUACUAGGUAUUCCUGUAACCACUUUUUUUUUUUUCUUGGCUGUAUUGAAACUGGUUCAGUGUUAACCAGGUAAGCAUAGUUAUUCACAAGUUAUUUACUUUUUUAUGUUUACUAAUUCUGCUUAGUUAUUGUUGAAUAUGUUCUUUUCUCAGAUUAUUUUCAUUGUUUUGAUGUUUAAAACAUUUUGCAUACUGUUUAUCAUGAUAAGACUUCAUGAAGUAAAUAAUUUUGCAUAUAAUUGCAAUAAGCACUGACUUUUGAACUGAAAAGAAGGAAAGUGUUUUGUGCAGUGCAUAUGAGGUUCAUAUAAUAGUCUUGUACUAUAAUGUGCUUAACUACAUCAUAAAUGACAAAAACAA